AUGUAUCAUGUUACUAGCCCAAAUAGACUUUUUAAGUUAAAAUCUGUAAUAAAUAUUAUAGUUCAUUCGAAAAAAUUACAAACUAUAAGCAACGAUAUUCCUAAAGCAGUGGCCGGCGAUAUUAGAAAAUUACUAAGACAGAAAGGAUUUGCGGUUCAAGAUGGGUUCACGUCCGUUACAAUAAAAUGCACGAUAUGCUCAAAUGAGAAGGAUGAACAAAAGAGAAGCGAAAAUAAACUUUAUAUUAACAAAACAACAGGUUAUUUUUUAUGUCCUAAGUGCAAUGUUCAUGGAGACUGGAAUAUCCUCGAGAGAUUAAUAAAGAAAACAAGACUAGAGGGCACAACCAAAGAAUAUAUUGAAAACUUAACUAAAAAAGUGAUAAAUUUUCAAGCAGCUUGGCAAAGUGUUCUUGACGAAACAAAAUCAGUUCAAAAUUUAAGUGAUACAGAGUUAUUGGAUCUCUUUAGAUUAUUUGAAUUUCCAUACCAUCAUGAGGCAGGCAAAGUUUUAUCAGAGACAAGAGUAUCAAUGGAUCAAACAGUAUUAUAUUUUCCUUUAAAAAACUCAUUAGACAAUGUAGUUGGCUACCGCAAGCUUCAAGCAGGAAGGGAAGAAGACGUAGAAAGCCAUGGUUUUUACGCAGCAGGAUUGUUUUACUGUAGAGCUAUGAAAGUUAAUCGUACUGACCAGGCCUUACUUGUGCCUAGUAUACAGGAUGUACUACAUUUGGCAGCAAGUAAAAUUCCUGGUACCCUCAUUUGGCUAAGCAACUGUAGUCUCCCUCCGUCAUUAUUGCCGAGUCUUGAGGGUUACCAGAGGUUGUGCCUUUGGGGCGAUUGGGACAACAUGCGGGUUGUCGCAGAAAAGCUUGGAGAAGAAAGAUGUCGAUUUGUAAGACCUACAGAUGGUUUGGUAACGGCAACCGAAGCGGCGACUGCUGAUCUUUCCCUGAAGACUCUAGUGUCAGAAGCGAAACCAGCGGCACAUAGAUCCAUUACCACUUUUGCAGCACUAAGAGACGACGUAUACUCAGAACUCACUAACAUUGAUAAGGUCAGAGGUGUAAAAUGGCGACGUUUUCCAGCUCUCACUCGUCUCUUGGGUGGUCACAGGCGCGGUGAACUGACAGUAUUGACUGGCCCCACCGGCUGCGGGAAGACUACGCUUUGUGCUGAGAUGUCCCUAGACCUCGCGCAGCAAGGGGUAACAACUUUAUGGGGUAGCUUCGAGAUACGCAACUUUCGUUUAGCUAGAACGAUGCUACAGCAAUUCGCCGGCGUAUCGCUUGAGCAGAAUUUGCAAGAUUUCGCCAAGUUUGCAGACGAUUUCCAGAAACUACCAAUCUACUACCUCGCCUUUCACGGACAACAGCCCAUCAAAGUAGUAAUGGAGGCGGUAGAACACGCGCGGUACAUGCACGACAUAGCGCACGUGGUGGUGGACAACGUCCAGUUCAUGUUGGGCAUGGGGGAAGAGCGCGAGGGAGACCGCUACAUGCGCCAAGACGCCGUCAUCGCCGCCUUCCGCACGUUCGCAACAGCCCGGCAUUGCCACGUCACACUGGUCAUGCAUCCGCGAAAGGAACGUGAUACCGAAGACCUCUCGACGAGCUCCAUUUUUGGUAGCGCCAAAGCAUCACAAGAAGCAGAUAACGUACUUAUUAUUCAAGAUAAAAGGUUGACAGCAGUUCGCGGUAAAAAGUAUCUGCAAGUUGCAAAGAAUCGAUACAGCGGUGACCUUGGCAUAGUUCCGCUAGACUUUGACAAAGAUUCUCUAAGUUACCAAUCGAAAAAGAAAACAAAGAUCAAACAAGACGAGCCAGAAAAGCUUUUGGACCAGUGUUUUGAAGAAUAUUCUUUAGAAGAUCAACAUCACAUUGGCACUAAGUCUUCAAAAAGUCAGAGAAACCGAAGCAAGGCUAAUGAAGCAGACACAUUUCUUAGCGAUAUAUUAAAUUUAAAUAGAACCCGAUAAAACAUUUACUGCAAUGUACUUAAUACUUAAUUAUGUAUUUGAACAUAAUUUUUGACACAUUAAGAGGAUAGUUAGUAUUUCGGGAAUAUUAUAUAUAGUUGUAUUUCAUGUACAUAUGUUUUGAUGCAUUUUAAAAAUAUUUUUUGAUUACAAUGUAUGAUAAAAAGAGAUUUUUAAGUUUGACGUGUGCUUUUUCUUAGACCCAGGCGGAUUUGAAACCCAUGUAGCUAGCAUUAGUUUUCAGUAUACCAAUGCAGUUAUCACUAUUAUAACACUGCAAUAGAAUAAUCAGUACGUACGCAUCGGUAAGCCCACAAAAUACAUUUUUUUUU